AGAGAAAUAUGAUGAAGAAGAAACAAAGUUUUGACAAGGUUUUUAUGAGAAUGAUAGGUGCAAUUACAUGUGGAUUACAUUUUGUGAAUUGUGAAUAAUAAUUUCAGUUUAAGUGAAUUCCAUGAGUGCAAUUUGCUACAUGGCUUCAUUACAAGUAUGAAGUUUUCGAACUUCUACGGCUGUGGUUUAUAAACAAAGAUGUCUACCUCCACGAAAAAACAUCGGUCAAGAAGAAGGGUCGCUGCUUUGAACUUUUUAUCGAAUAUUUCAUUGGAUGGCACACACAGAGACACGAAAUAUGCAAUAUUCAACAGAAGAGGGUUCAUUAGAACGAGCAGUAACCAGAGACAGAAGGAAAAGAAUGGAGAAAAAGAACCCAAAUUGGACGAAAGUAGUGGAGAGACGAUUAUUCCAUCGUCAACAUCGACAAUUGAAGCGGAGCAGUCGGUUCCACCGGUAUCAGUGCCACAGCGAAAUACAUUUACUGUUAAAUGUGACGUAUAUGACGAUGGGAAUGAGGACGCUGUGCCCGCGAUAUCUCCUACUAAACGCCACAGUGAAUUAGACGACAUGCCAUACUCAACUUCACCUAGGGUCCACACUUAUUCAUGCGAAAGGGAACGAGUUUCCAGGAAAAAUCUCUUUAGUCAGUUUUCCACAGAGACAACAGCAAGUGCUGGAAGUUCUACAAGCAAUUCUACCCUAGAGCAAUUGGGUCAGUUUAUAGUGGAGCGCACUCGAGAGAGAAUUCGACACAGGUCAAACUCAACAUCCACAGAAUCCUACUGUGAGUCCACUGUGGUUCAACCAAAAGGAGAAGUCAAGUAUCAUAUGCCAAAAGAGAAAGUUUUCAGGGGAGAGAGGGUGAUAGUUCUGUCCAAGAAAAAAGUGCCAGUCAUAGCAUAUUCUGUGUUGCCAUACACAAGACAAAGCCAACAAGGGAUCCUAAAUAAAUCAGAGGGAUUAACAGAAACGUUUCGCACACGGCGUUACUCUGGCAACCGACCUCUGUCUGUGAGCCAGGAAGGUAUCUUGGGACUUGGGCUGCAGGCAGUGGAACAAGUAGAAGAUGGACAGGAUGUAUCCUACAGUCAGUUCCUAGUCAGUUCUUCAGAUCGACCACUGCAGCGUUUUUUAUCUGCUGAAAGGAUGCAUUUGACUGGGGCAGACUCCGUUCCUGCUAGUCCUGAAAUUCCACUGAAAGGCACACAGGCCAUGGAAGAAUGGCUACGAUUGUGCAGACGUCUGCAGCAUGGUGCUCCCUUUUUCCGAAGUGGGUCACAUGACCCAACCCUUUCACUCAAUUGGGGAACGAGUAAUUUAUCACAUUCUCCUUUUCUGGAUAAAGUUGCAGAACACAGUUUGAGUGCAGACUUGUAUGAUCCCAAUUCUUUAGAUGAUCCAGAGUUGAGAGCAGGCAAACACAGGACCUUACUGAACUUUCCUUCAUACAUAACAUCAGUGAUAGAUUAUGUGAAACCCUCUGAUUUGAAGAAAGACUUGAAUGAACAGUUCAAGGAGAGGUUCCCACAUGUAAACAUCACACUCAGUAAAUUAAGGAACAUCAAAAAGGAAAUGAAGAAAAUUGUUUAUGGGAAGUGCAAUAAAAGAGACUACAGAGAUUUGUGGGUUGUGGCUCAGUCAUAUGUGUACUUUGAAAAGUUGAUAUUAAAGGGACUGAUAAAUAAACAGAACAGAAAGCUGGUGGCAGGUGCCUCUUUGAUGUUAUCUGCCAAGCUGAAUGAUGUCAAAGGAGGUGACUUCACUCAUUUAAUGGAGGAAUUGGAAACUGUGUUUAGACUUCACAGGAAAGAGCUUGUUGCUUUUGAAUUUGCCGUUUUGGUUGCACUGGAAUUCUCCCUGCAUUUGCCAGACUGCGAGAUCUACCCACACUUCCAGAGAUUAGUUUAUCAGUAGCCAAUAUGCUGUUGACUUUAUUCUGCCAUUUUAGAUGUUCUUGUAAUGAUUGUCAUUAAAUCAGUGAUUUUGGGGAGGUCCAGACUAGAGAGAGUUGAGAUGCCAGGAGAACUGUACCUGUAGACUUUUAUGAGAUUAGAUAUCGUGAACAAAAUCAAUUUCUUUGAAUGAUUUGGUGAGGCCCCACUGACUACCAUUAUAUACCCAGAUGGUUGAUAAUUAUUUUUGCAGGUGUGAAGUCUCACAACUCAUAAGGAUAAACAGAGUUUGUGUAAAGUGUGUGCAAAUAAUUAAGUAAACAUGUGAGAUUUCAAACCACCGGACUAUAGUUUAAAAGUAAGUGAAGUUCCAUGUGGCGUAACAAUAGGUAAUUUAAGGUGAAUUGUGAAAGGAUUUCACCUCAUGCUUCGACUGAUGUUCAUUUCAGCUGGCAUUGUUUUGUAAAUUUGAGGAUAGUACCAUAUUUUCUUUUUUGUUGUUGUUUUCAAAUUGAUCUGAUUACAGUGUCUCUCAACACAUGUCCCAUGACUAAUUUGUUUUGAGAAGUAUGAUUUAACAAUGGCAGAGCAUGCUUACUUCAGAUGAAGAAGGGGGUGGUUGAAAUACAAAAUCAAAUGGUAAUUUUAAGUGAUUAUAUUUUGAAAUUCUGUACAGAAGUUAUACAAUUUGAAUGCCCAGAAGUUGUUUUCACUAAGAGAUGUUAUUGUACAUAUUUUAAAUAACACAAGAAUCAAAUAAGGGCAAUUGUGCCCAUGUUAAGUUACAAGUUACAUGGUGCUUGGUGCAAUUUGAAGUGUUUAUGCACAGAAGUUGUUUUGUAACAUGCCAGGUGCUGUGAGUUAUUGCAAAUGACAACAGCUAUUAUUCUGUCCCAGAAAAAAAAAAGAGUCCCAAGCAACUUGAAAAUUAAAAGAUUUAAAAAUGAAACGUAUCAUCUCUAUAUUAACAUCAAAAUUGUUCAUCCAUUGUUAUGUUUCUGUUUCUACUUUUGUAAAGAAACUGUUACUGGUUAAAUGUUUUUGCCACAUAUCUUUUUUCUUUCAAAUUAAAUGGAUAUUUCCAUUUUGAGGCAUGAAAUUAUGUUUUAUAUUAUUUUUUAUGGGGUAUAAUUUGUAAUUAAGCUUGAUAUAUCAUGACAUAAGUAUUUAUUAAUUUUUUUUAAUUUUUAAAAAAUGAUGAAUAAACUCAUCUUCUAAA